AUGUUCGACGAUCUCGACGAGGAGGAACUCUUCGGUUCCGCGCUGUACAACACCUCUGCCGUGUACAGCGAUGAGGACGAGGAAGCAAUCUUCGGCUCGCCCGUCGGGGAGGACACUCCAAGUGGAGAGCCACCCAGCCCGGAUUUGGCCCCAGCGGCGACGCCGCCCACCGGCCGAGCCGUCCCUCGGACGCCGCCCAUUGGGGGCGCCGGCGUUUCUCCAACGCCACCGAGGAGAGGCACUCCACGCACGCCACCCCUUGGGGGUGCCGUGACACCGCCGCGCGGGCAGGAGGAUGUCAUGCGUGCUAGCGUGGUGCCCGUACCAAAGGGUGCCGCUCCGUCUCCGGUGGACCGUUUGAAGGCUGUCCCUUUGACUCCGGACACUUCGAACUCGAACGCAGCUGGAGUUGGAGGGCAGGGACAUCCUCCCGGCACACCUGAAGCUCUGCUGUUUCCUCUGACGCCGAUGGGCGGAGCCGGCGGAGCCCCUCGGACACCGCCUCGGACACCGCCCCCGCCUGGGGUGAUGCCAGACAUCCCGAUGACCCCGCCCAUCGGGGGUGCGGGUGCCCUGGAACCACCUCCUGAGAAGGAUGUGGCGGCUUCGACGCUGAAGGAAGCUCCUCGGUCACCAUCCGCUCGGGGGACUACCACUCCUGGGACGCCACCUAUUGGGGGCCUCAUCUCUCCUCGGACGCCGCCCAUUUCGCGUGGACAGGAGGUGGCAGCUACGCAGUCCUACGCAUCCCAGGGAGACGGCUCUUUGCCAGCGACGCAGGCCUACCAGGACGAGCCGACGCCAAAGCGAAGGCGGACCAAAGAGCCGGGCUCCCCGAACGAUUGA